AUGGCAGACUCCAAAGUGAAGGACAUGGGCCUGGCCGAGUUUGGCCGCAAGGAGCUGACUCUUGCCGAGCAUGAGAUGCCAGGUCUCAUGGCGGCCAGGAAGGAGUACGGACCUGGACAGCCUUUCAAGGGGUUGAACAUCAACGGCUCCCUCCACAUGACCAUCCAGACUGGUGUCCUCAUUGAGACUUUGGCUGCCUUGGGUGCCAAGGUGCGUUGGUGCUCAUGCAACAUCUUCAGCACUCAGGAUCAUGCUGCUGCUGCCAUCGCCAAGGCCAACACCGCCACUGUCUUCGCAUGGAAGGGUGAGACCUUGCCAGAGUACUGGUGGUGCACCGAGCAGAUGAUGACAGUGCCAGGUGCCGAUGGAUGCGACCAGCUUGUGGAUGAUGGAGGUGAUGCCACCCUGUUGGUUCACAAGGGCAAGGAGUUGGAGGAGAAGUUUGCCAAGGACGGCAGCCUGCCAGAUCCAGCCAGCACCACCAACGCGGAGUUCAAGUGUGUCUUGCAGGUGUUGAGGGACUCCAUCCAGGCGGACAAGACCAAGUAUACACGAAUGGCUGCCAAGUGCAAGGGUGUUAGCGAGGAGACCACCACUGGCGUGCACCGCCUUCGUGAGAUGGCAGCCAAGGGUGAGCUCCUCUUCCCUGCCAUCAACGUCAACGACUGUGUGACCAAGUCCAAGUUCGACAACGUGUAUGGCUGCCGCCACUCUCUGCCAGACAGCAUCAUGCGAGCCACUGAUGUGAUGAUUGGCGGCAAGCGUGCCUUGGUGGCAGGCUACGGAGAUGUCGGAAAGGGCUGCGCCUUUGCCAUGAGGGGUGCUGGUGCCCGUGUGCUCAUCACUGAGAUUGAUCCCAUCUGCGCUUUGCAGGCAUGUAUGGAGGGAUUUCAGGUGGUUACCAUUGAGGAAUGCGUGGGUGAGGUCGACAUUUUCACUUCCGCCACGGGCAACUUCAAGAUCAUCACUUUGGAUCACAUGAAGAAGAUGAAGAACAAUGCGAUUGUGUGCAACAUUGGCCACUUUGACAACGAGAUUGCCAUGGAGGACUUGGAGAAUUUCCCUGGCAUCAAGGUUGAGAAUAUCAAGCCACAGGUGGACCGCUUUGUGUUCCCUGAUGGCCACGGUGUCAUUGUCUUGGCAUCUGGCCGACUGGUGAACCUUGGCUGCGCCACUGGCCAUCCAUCUUUCGUCAUGUCCUGCUCCUUCACCAACCAGGUGUUGGCUCAGCUGGAUAUCUUGGAGAACUGCACCAAGAACAAGAAGUACAAGAACGAUGUGUACCUGCUGCCCAAGCAGUUGGAUGAGAAGGUGGCAGCCCUCCACUUGCCAUCUCUGGGUGCAAACCUGACAAAGCUCUCCAAGGAGCAGGCCGACUACAUCGGCGUCAAGGCGGAUGGUCCUUUCAAGCAGGACACCUACCGCUACUAAGAUGAUCUAGGAUGCUAGGAUUUUGAUCCCUGCACGGGGAAUACGCCAGUUUUUCUCCAGUUUCCUUUGUAGCAAAGAUUGCCUUUGGCGGCGUAGUGUUUGGCCAGUUCAUUCACGGAUCCCAAGGGACCCUUAGCUACAUAGGAAGUCAGCAGAUUGCGUCAUUUGCGCGGAACAACAUGCGUGCC